UGCAGACGCCGCAGCAUCGUCCAUCGCCAACACCUCCACGACACUCACCCAGCGACCUCCGCCCCGACACCGACAACAUGCGUUACAUCUACUCCCAGGAGACGCUGGACAUCCCCGAGGGUGUCAAGGUCAACAUCAAGACCCGCCAGGUCACCGUCGAGGGCCCACGCGGUAAGCUUGUCAAGGACCUCGGUCACUUGGCUGUCGCCUUCUCCCACCCACAGCCAGACCGCAUCAACAUCGAGCUCCACCACGGCUCGCGCAAGAAUGUCGCUACUCUCCGCACCGUCCGCACUCUUAUCAACAACAUGAUCAUCGGUGUCACCAAGGGCUACAAGUACAAGCUGCGCUACGUGUACGCUCACUUUCCCAUCAACGUCAACUUGGAGAAGAACAACGAGACUGGUCUGUGGAAUGUGGAGAUCCGCAACUUCUUGGGCGAGAAGCUUGUGCGCAACGUCACCAUGCAGCCAGGUGUCGACUGCGAGGCCUCCAAGAACGUAAAGGAUGAGCUCCAGCUGACCGGCAACUCCCUCGAGGCCGUCUCCCAAUCCGCCGCCGACAUUCAGCAAAUUUGCCGUGUCCGCAACAAGGAUAUCCGAAAGUUCUUGGACGGUAUCUACGUCUCUGAGCGCACCAACAUCGUCGAGGAGGCUUAAGCGCAUCACGACUGAUGACGGCAAAAAGUUUUUUCGUUGCAUGAACGUUCCAGAUGAUACCAGGCAAUGGCGUCGAGGCGCAAUCGGAAAGUCAAGAGAUGGCUUUGGACGACUUCUGGGCCAGACAACUGCUGGGUCUUCUGUGCAAGAGCGCGAUCAUGGGCUUGAUGAGGAGGAUGAUGAUAUAGGGCACAUACUCCGAAUACACUCCCGCGCUUCGCGCGCAACAUGCUACCGAC